GAUUCGCUUUAUUAUUUCACUAACCCACCGGUCUGACGCGACUAGUUCUCCAGCUCCGUUUUAUUUUUUAACCAGCUUAAUAUACGUUGUACGUAAUACACGAGUGCAAGAAGUGGAGUUUAAGUUUUUUAAUUUAACAAUUACUUAUCGGUAAAUACUAUUGUGAUUGUUCUGCCUAUAAAAUAAAAUAAAAAAAGUGGGCUCGAAUUUUAAAUAUAAUUUUUAAAUUUACGAAUUUAAAUAUCCAGAUUUUUACAAAUAAAAAAAAAAGAAUUAAUUAAAUAAAUAAUAAUUUUAUAAUAAAAUGCAUAAAAAAUCGAGCCGCGAAAAAUAAACAGCAGUUGACAUAUCACAGCGGACUUGAACGACAUGCUGCGGCUGCGAGUGACGGUAUCAGACAUUUACGGUAAUAUAAAUCGGCAUUGUAUCGAAGUUAACGCGCGAACAAAUAAAAUAAAAAAGUUAUAAUUAAAAAUUAAAGAAGCAAUAUUUUAAUUCCAUUGAAAGGAAUUAUUGAUUCUGGACUGUGGAAAUUUUUGGAGCAAUUUAAUGUGUCAGAGAGGUUAAAACCCAUGUACUUAUAACACUACUAUAUACAUAUCUAUGUGCAUCAACACGAGUGUAUAAAACGUUUGAUUUUAUAUUUAAAUCUUUCAUGAAAGUGAAAGGUAAGGUGGAGUUCCGUAAGUGAAGUGUUAAUUGUACGUCCAGGCAUAUUGAAUUUGUUCGGUGGACUAGUAAUAGUUAUUUAACCUGGAAUAGUUUAUUUAAUAAUCAAGAUGCUGAAAUUCAUCCGUGGGAAAGGCCAACAGCCAACGGCGGAACGUCAAAAAUUGCAGAAGGAUCUUUUUGCGUUUAGAAAGACAGUCCAACAUGGAUUUCCAAACAAGCCAACAGCCUUGGCUUGGGACCCUAGCUUGAGGCUGAUGAUAAUCGGUACAGCAUCUGGAGCUAUCAAAGUAUUUGGAAGACCUGGAGUGGAGUUUUAUGGACAACAUGCGACGGAGAGCGGAGAAAUUGCAGUCACUAAAAUUAUACCUCUGCCAAAUGAGGGUCGAGUGGUAUCUCUAUGCGAUGACAACUCAUUACAUCUGUGGGAAAUUAAUGAAAAUUCCCUUGUCGAAACCAAGUCACUAUCGCUGGAGGGUAAACUAAAAAAAAUCUCCGCCAUGUGUCUUGAAUCAAGUGGCGAGCAUCUGUUACUUGGUACCGAAGGUGGAAAUAUUUAUCUACUUGACGUAAAAACAUUUACAAUGACAGACAAUAUAAUCUACCAAGACGUAGUAAUGCAAAACGUUCCGGAAGAUUAUAAAAAAAAUCCCGGCGCAGUGGAAGCUAUCGCCGAGCAGCCGGGACACCCUGAUAGCAUCUUGAUUGGCUACAAUCGAGGAUUGAUGGUUUUGUGGAACAAAGCCACUCCUGGAGCUCAGCAGCUGAUGGGUUUGUUUUCCCGUGCGCAGACAUUCAUAUCAGCCCAGCAGUUGGAGUCAGUUCACUGGGUCUCUGAGAAUAGAUUUGUCUCUUCUCACAACGAUGGGUCUUACGCGUUUUGGAGUCCUGGAAGUGACAAUACCUCGGAACCAACAACUCUAUACGGUCCUUUCCCGUGUAAAGCUGUCUCGAAAAUUCUUGUCUACACCCUAUCAGACGAUGACGAAAUUAUUUUAUUCUCCGGUGGAAUGCCGCGUUCGAGUUACGGCGAUCGACACACUAUAACGGCGAUGACAAAAACCAAGCAUGUAGUCUUCGAUUUGACGUCCAAGGUGAUCGACUUUUUUGUCGUUACUUCCAAGGUUGAUGAAGACAGCAAAGAGUCAAAAUCUCCAGAAGCGCUGAUUAUCCUUGCAGAAGAGGAAAUUAUCGCGAUUGAUCUUACUGAUCCUGAUUGGAAAAUGAUGGCUUUGCCUUAUCUAGUGUCACUUCAUGCUAGUGCGGUAACAUGCUCGCAACACGUGCCGAACGUCCCCUCAGACUUAUGGGAGUCGAUAAUAUCAUCCGGAAAAUCCCAAACAGAGCAUUUAUACUCCAACAAAGAGUGGCCAAUAGACGGUGGAAUUUUGCUGUGCAAAAAACCACUCGAAACUGACAAACCAAGGUUCCGCGAACUAUUGCUCACCGGUCACGAAGACGGAACAAUUCGAUUCUGGGACGCUUCUGACGUCGCGCUAAGACCUCUGUACAAAUACAACUCAUCCUUAAUUUUCACCGGCGAACAUUUAGACGUGCUCGAGCAGUCUCAAGAAGAUGAAGAAGACGAGUGGCCGCCUUUCAGAAAAGUCGGCACAUUUGAUCCUUACUCAGACGAUCCACGUCUGGCAGUAAAGAAAGUAAUGCUCUGUCCGCUUUCCUCAACCGUGGUAGUCGCGGGUACUGCGGGUCAUAUUAUCACCGCAAACAUAUCAUCGGAGGCGACAACGAAGGAGAUCAAAGCCGUGACUAUGAACAUAGUAAAUGACCGCGACGGUUUCGUGUGGAAAGGCCACGACCACUUGCCAGUGAGAACCGAGUCUGUUUUAUUUGGCGUAGGAUUUCAACCACAGAGCUUAGUCCAGCUCUACCCUCCGGCCCAAGUAACAGCACUUGCUAUCCACAGCGAGUGGGGAUUGAUUGCAGCAGGUACUGCUCACGGAUUGGCAGUUUUUGAUUACCUAAGAGGAAAGCCUGUCAGCGUUAAAUGUACUCUAAAUCCAAAUGAUUUGUCCGGAUCUGGAGAUACGCCGAUCUCCAGAAGGAAGUCGUUUAAAAAAUCAUUGAGAGAGUCUUUUAGGAGACUGAGAAAAGGUCGCUCGCAGCGGCGACCAAAUACAAAUGCAAAUACAAGUCCCACGCGGAACACGAUAAUAAUCGCGGAAAAAAAGAAAGAAGUACCGGUGGCAGCUUCCCCAAGCGGAGAUUUAUCUCCAGUGGAUAUAAAACCAGUCGAACGACAAGUAGAAGCCCGUCCAGUGGACGACGCUUUGGGUUCAAUGGUCCGUAGCGUUUAUUUUGCUCGCAGCUUUAUUAUCAGCAUGCAAAAUACGACACCAACUCUUUGGGCCGGCACCAACAACGGUACUGUCUACGUAUUCACGCUGGGUAUUCCUCCAAGCGCUAGGCGGAACGAAGACGACGUUAAUUGCACUCUUGGAAAAGAAAUACAAUUGAAGCAUCGCGCUCCCGUGAUUGCUAUAACGAUACUAGACGGGUCAAAUGUUCCACUGCCGGAACCAUUCGAGGUGGAAAAAGGCGUGACUACUGGACCGGACAUGACCGCUCCUCAUCGGGUUGUCAUUGCCAGCGAAGAGCAAUUCAAGAUAUUUAAUCUACCUUCACUGAAACCUUUUUGCAAGUACAAGCUUACGGCUCAUGAAGGUUCAAGAGUCCGCAAAACUGGUUUUGCCAAGUUCACGUGCCCUAUUGAACCCUCCGGGACUCACGAAGAGACCUGUCUUCUCUGUCUGACUAAUCUGGGGGAUUGUCUGGUGCUCGGGAUCCCGGAACUCAGGAGACAGAUCAAUGCUGCUGCGAUCAAGAGGGAGGAUAUCAAUGGCAUUUCUUCGUUGACUUUUACUAAGUCUGGAGAAGCGCUUUAUCUUCACUCGAGCUCGGAGUUGCAGCGUAUUUCUGUGUCUGCUACUAAGAGUACUAGAGCACACUGUGCCUUAAAUUUACCACCCAAUGCAAGGUCAGUUCCUGAGCCUCCGACGCCUACUGAGGAAGUUCAAGAUGAAGUUGUUGUUGAGGCUACAGCUGAGAAAGAAACUGAGGCGCAGGAUAAUGAGAGUACACCCGUGCCACGAAUUGUUGAAAAUGGCGUUGGAUCAACACAUAGCGGUGAAACGUCGAAAGACUCAACGUUGAGACCUGGAGCCAGCACCAAUGAUGUUAAUGGUGAUGAUGACCGACAAGAUCGCAGUUCAAUUGGCGACAUUACUAUUGACAGUGUUAAAGACCAUUUACUUAACAGUUCACUUUUCAGAAAUGCGACUUCUUCAGAGGAUCUCCAUAAUCGACUAGCUGGGUUAAAAAUGGAAGUUACGUCGCGUACAUCAGAAAUAUCGACACAAAAUCAAUCGCUGGUUGUUAAAACAACUACUGUAAUUUCGCAAACUUCUAGCAAUGGAACUACCAAUGGUGACGUUGAAACGACAGAGACCAGCGAAUCCGAACAAGUGAACAGCACUUCAAUAGAACGAGAAAUACGCAGUGGUACUGAAACAACAACAACGCAUGCUACUAUUACACUUCCACCAAAUGUAGAGAUUAGUGCAGCCGAUCUCGCAAAUUUGGAAACUGUUCAAACCACUACAAUAACAACAGAAAAAUCUAAAACACCAGUGACAAGAUCCGAAGAAGUUAGAUCUUAAAUAUAAAUAAAAAAUGCUUCCAUAUUACAAAAACGAACCAAUUUUUCCUUUGAAAUAAUGAAAUUAUUGUACAGUGCUAUUACAUAAAUGCACAGGAGACACAGACAGCAGGACAAACAAACCCCGAACUGAUAAGUGAACAAAAGUGUGUACACAUACGAUAGAUAGAGUUUAUACACCAAUAGAUUAUAUUUAAAAUAUUGAAAAAAAAGUCUAGAUUUAUACGCGAGUAUAGUAUUACAUUUUAGGCAAUAGCGUUUUAAUUCUAACGCUGAAUAUUUUCAUUUUUAUUCAAGUACUAAUUACCAUUUUUUUAUAAUUUUAUUUUUAUUGUUAGAGUAUGAAAUACUUUAAUUACUUUCACCACGGCCUAUAUCGCCUUGAUAUAAUUUUGCAUUUUAUUAACUUGAAUUUUAAAAGUUGAUUAUUUUCUAGAUCAGUAUUUUUAAAAAUUUAUAGCAGCUAACAUGCUUUUUAUUCAGUGUUUUUAAUUACUUGUUUUUAAUUAUUAACUUGGUAUAUUUUAAAUAGAUUAAUUAUUUUAUAAAAUAAGAUUUUAAAUAAACAAAAUGCAGGAAUUUAAAACAUUGAAUUGAACAAAUACAAUACAAUAAAUUUACUAACGAAUCACAAAAUUUAAGCAAAAAUAUAGGAUUAAAAAAAUGUAUAUUUUUUAUUCAUGUUGCUUAAUAAUUAAGUCUCAUUUCUUCUACACAAAAUAUAAAAUGUAUUUUAACGAAUUUAUAAUUUACAAAGAAAAAUUUUAAAUUAUCACCGUACAUAUUUACAUUGCAAAUAAAUGUAAUGAAUUCACCAAUUUCGAUAGUAAUCAAGAAAUUACUAUAACAAUUGUUCGCACUUUAAAUUGUUUAGCUUCCACUUAUGCUUAGAAUAUUUUUUUUUACUAUAUAUUAUUUUUUUUAUGUUAAUUUACAACAAUAUGAUUUUAUUUGAAAAAUAAAAACUUGUCUGUUGAAAAUUUAAUUGGACUUAAUGAUUGGGGCCUUUAAUAGGCAGAUAUCUGUCAAGUUAUCGAAAAUAAUUAUCUGGCCAAUCAGGUCCCUAAUUACUAAAUUAAUUGUUGGUGUAAUAUAUUAAUGAUAAUUGAUAAUAUUAAAUGAAUUGAAAUUAAUUAACACUGCCCAGCUAAGUACAUAAACAUUUUUGUAACUAUUUAAUGACUACCUGUUGUAACAACAUCACUUUUACAUUAAAUGCUUACCUUUUA